AUGGAUACUAAUCAACUGCAUAGUGGGGCAAUUCAUAAUGGCUCAAAUCAAAUCCAAAUGAUAUCACCACACAAACAUUCUAUUGAUAUAAUUCCUUUUAAGUUGGUCAAUAUGUUAUUUACCUUAUCAGGUACAAAUUUGUUUAAAUUUUCAGCAUUAUCAUUACUACUCAAAGAUUUACAACCUACUAAUCUGUCUAUUAAUAACAAAAAACCAUAUUUAAAAAUUCGUUUUAAUCAUUUACAUUUAUUCAAGUCGCAAAUAUAUAAUUUUUGCUCAAUUCUAAGAAUUUUCUUUGAACAUUCAGAAGAAUUGGAUAAUAUAGAUAUUCUAGAUCAAUUUGAUAAAUUUACAAAGGCAAUAUUAAAUAAUUCAGAAUAUUUAAAGGAUAUUACACUCUGUUUUGGAUAUCCAAAACAGAAUGAGUUACCAGAUGUCUUGAAAACACCUUGUAUUAAAUCUCAUGAUAUACAUACAAUUGACCAUGGUUACUUUGACAAGUUAAAUCAUCAAUUUUAUGAAAACAAAAUUUUAAAGGAUUUUAGUAUAAUAAACAUAGAAAUUUCAUUUGGCAAUAUAUGGAAAAUUGCUGAUUAUAAAAUAGCUGCAAUUGGAAACUGUCAUAAACUAUCUAAUCUUACCAAAUUAACAAUAAAAAACACAAACAUCGAAAGAAUUGAAAAUUUGACCAGUUUAGUUCAUGUAACAAUAUUAGAUUUGCUGGAUAAUGAUAUUUCCGAAAUUACAAGUAUAUCAGAACUAGAAAGAUUAAAAGUUCUUAGAUUGGAAGGAAAUUUAUUUGACAAAGAAACCUGA